AUGGCGGUUAAGGAGAGUUCGAACCCAACGGUGGAGAUCGACAAGCUCAGCUUCACCUACCCCGGAAUCGACGGCCACCCACCUCCUGGUUCCACGCCUCUCAUCGACGACUUCUCUCUCACUCUGCACUCCGGCGAUCGAUGCCUCCUCGUCGGAUCCAACGGCGCUGGGAAAACGACAAUACUGAAGAUACUGGGAGGGAAGCACAUGGUGGAACCUAACAUGGUUCGCGUGUUAGGGAGAUCAGCAUUUCAUGACACUGCCUUGACUUCUUCUGGUGAUCUCUGCUAUCUCGGGGGAGAGGUGUUAGGUGUUGAUCUAUCAUGGAGAAUGCACAAAGCAUCUGAUGGUCAAAGAAGACGUGUUCAGAUCUGGAGGUCCUCAUUUGUGCAGGUACUUCUUCUUGAUGAGAUUACAGUUGACCUUGACGUGCUUGCAAGGGCAGACCUGCUGAAGUUUCUUAAAAAGGAAUGUGAAGAACGAGGUGCCACAAUUAUUUACGCCACCCAUAUAUUUGAUGGUCUUGAGGAUUGGCCAUCACAUAUUGUUUAUGUGAAUAAAGGGAAGUUGCAAUUAGCAAUGCCAAUGGAUAAAGUGAAGGAGCUCAGCAAUAUGUCACUGAUGAGAACAGUAGAGCAAUGGCUGAGGAAAGAAAGAGACGAGGAGAGGAAGAGGAGGAGAGAGAGAAAGGCAAAUGGUCUUCCAGAAUUUGAGAAGCAAGUUGAGGGUAGCCGUGUGACUGGGGAUCCAGCCCGUGCUGCUGCCCGUGCAGUGAACAAUGGUUGGGCUGCUGGAAGACUUCAUUCCACGGUUGCUGGGGAAGAAAAUUUUGGUUUCAGCACAAACAGAGUCCUGAGGCAAUAA